AAACAUUCUGCGUGUUGAGUUUCUUCCAACACAAAUCGAUUUGUUUGAAAGUUUUGAGGAAACAAAUUCUUGGAUGGAGGUGCACACUUGGGUAGGUAAGACUCUGUUGUGUACCCACAAACUGAAGGUUUAAAGGUGGGGGGGGGACACUCCAAUUAGUGGCUACCACUGGGGAAAAAAUCCGAUAAAUUUCACCGAUGUCAUUGACCUACAUUCACCGUGUGUUUCCUAUUAAAGUUAUUUCUUUCUCUCUCUAUCACUUCUUUUGGGUGUGUUUCCAUUUCGUCUGCUGUAAAUAACAAUUAUAAACUUUUAUCACAAACUUUUCGUACAAGUAAAUUGUGUAAAAAAAAAAAAGGAAGUGUUAAACACUGAUGUCAUACGAAAUUAUUGUUAAACCAAUGAACAGCUUAAAAACCAUCAAAUAAAGAUUUAAGUUUCAGUUUUGUUCAGGGUUGUUACGAGAAUUGAUCCCUGAUACAUGGUCACCAAUGGGAGACGAGGAAUUAAUUAAAAUUGUUCCAGUCACAAAUGGACCAGAAUAUGAUGACAUCCAGGCCACUUUCCGUCGGAAUUCUCCUUCAUCUCGUAUAAUCAGUAUUGAGAGAAUUCAAAAUAAAACAUUAUACCUGGGAUACCAAGCAUUGAAGAAAAAGUUUGAGGUAGAAAAUCCAAAUAUUAGAAAUGAAGUUGAUGGCCUUUGGCAUGGUACUGCUGAAGGAUCUGUUAAUGGAAUAAAUAAAUCAGGAUUCAACCGUAGCUAUUGUGGUAAAAAUGGUGAGUAUAUUAUCAUCAUCAUCAUCAUCAUCCACCCACCUUCCAUAUUGGCCUUUACAAAUGAAGUUCACGGCCUUUGGCAUGGUACUGCUGCAGGAUCUGUUAAUGGAAUAAAUGAAUCAGGAUUCAACCGUAGCUAUUGUGGUAGAAAUGCCACAGUAUUUGGUGAAGGUGUUUAUUUUGCCAGAGACAUCCGAUAUUCCGCAAGUCAUACCUAUUCUACUCCUGACCAUUACGGAAUAAAGAGAAUAUACAAAUGCAGUGUUCUUGUGGGAAGAGUGAUGCAAGGAUAUUAUGGAUUAAAAGUUUUACAGGAUUCUUACAAUUCUGCUGCUGAUAAUAUUUAUUAUCCCAGCGUUUAUGUCAUUUUUCAUGAUUUUCAGGCAUAUCCUAAUUAUCUGAUUACAUUCUAUAAUUAUAGAAUUAAUUAAAAUUCAUAAGUUUUAUAACGUACCUACUGUAUGUGUCACCUAAUAUCAGUGUGAUAUAUAGUACCUCGGAACAGAGUAGACACGAAAUGUCUCCACUUGAUGUAUUCCCAGAUACUCUGCCAACAACUGUAACCAAUCCAGAACAACUCUCAACAAACAAUAACAACUUCUCAUCAUUUUCCUGCAACUCCACAAACUCACCAACGACACCUUUCUACUUUCUACGAUUUCUCAUCUCUCGCUCACACUCAAUUACUCUGCUACUUAUACAAAUUCAGCUAGUCCAUUCUCACAGGGGGGUGUUAUAAUUCUCACCAUAACAUCUCUCAUUUUGAGAUUUGACUUCUGUAGGAAGUGCAAAUUUUUACUUAAUUUUAUUCUUUUUUUCAUCAUCACCUCUGCCUUUUUUGAGAUUCUAAUUUCCUCAGAAGUUUCAAUACUUCUUUCACUUCAGGACUAUUUCUAGUCGUUCUAUUUAUUUAUGUUUUCUAUUGUUGAUCUUCCUAGGUUCAACCUCUUUUGGUGUUGGAACAUCGAAAAAGUCAUUAAACACUUCCUUUAGUAUUUCUUCUCUUUCUUCUAUAUGUCUAGUUUUCAACUGGUUCAAAUGUCAUUUGUGCUUUCCCUAUUUCACCUUUUAUGAUGUACAUCAUAAUACUGCCUAUUCUUUUCAUCACUAUACCCUCCUCCCAACCUUGUCUCCUAUUCUUAUAUAUUUUGAAAUGAAUCUUGUCUCCCACAUUAAAAUACUUUGUUGUGUUUUCUGUAUAAUUUUUUUUUUUUUUGUAGUUAACAAUUUAUCAAAAAUUUAUUUAUCUUCUGAGCAAACAUUAGCUCUGCGGCAACUUGCCUGAACAGGCAUUCAGGUUAGGUGUUACUCUGUAAACCCUUAAGAAUUGAGUUAGUGCUGCAUCAUUCCCUACCUCAUUUUCUGAUUUUUUUAGUGCUCGCUUAACUGUGUCUACAAACUGUUCUGCUUGUUCAUUUGAUCUCAGGUUGUAUGGUGGAGUAGAGAUGUGAUUGAUUGCAUACAUUUUACAGAGAUUUUAAAACUUGUACCCCGUAAACUGCAUCCCAUUAUCUGAUACACCAUAUUGUACAAAGAGUUUGUGAAGGAACCUUAUUGUUACCUUCAAGGUUGAUUGAUUGUAUCUACAUAUCUCUGUCCACUUGGUAUGGCUGUCUACUAUGAUCAGAUAAUGUGCCAUUUACCGGUCCAGCAAAAUCGAUAUGUAGCCUGGACCAUGGACUAUCUGUCUUAGGCCACAAUUGGAAUUUUACCAGUGGUGACUUUCCUGCAAGAGCACAACCUUUGCAGGAUUUCACCGAUUGUUCAAUAUCAUGGUCCAUAGUAGGCCAAUACACAUAACUUCUCAUUACUGAUUUCAUUCUUGAAAUCCUUGGCUGUCCCACAUGAAAUCCACUUAAUACACGCUUCUGUAGUGCGGAUGGCACUACAACUCUUUGUGUAUACAUCAACUCAUUGUCACACAGAGAAAAAUGAUUUGCAUUUGUGUUGCAAAUACUUUCAUUUUCUUUUACUUUCACCGUUUCUUUCAUCUUUAUAACGAAUUUGUUAUUCUCCAAUUCUAUUUUUAUAUCUUGGACAGUUGCUUGCAACUCCUGAAUGAUGGUACACAAAAUAUUUUUUAUUUCAUUUUAUGCUUGUAAUGAAGCUGUCACAUAUCUCCCAAUGGUUCCGCAUUAUUUGGAAUUAGCUUUGAUAAACAAUCUGCGUGGCCUAACCAUUUGGAUGGUAUGUACUCGAUCGUAAAGUCGUAGUUCUUCAAUAUUGUACCCCAGCAUUGUAACCAACUUGCUGUAUGGGUAGGAAUUCCAUUUUUGGAACCAAAAAUUGAUAAUAAUGGUUGGUGAUUGGUUUUGUUGUGAUGAGAGUUAUGACACAACCUUGGGAGUGAUGGACUGGUCCAAGUAAAUUAUAAGUAGUAACGAUCCAAGUAAACUCAGAGUUUGGAAUCGAGUGAAGUUUGUUAGUUCGCAGUGAAGUCGGAAGGUGUCGGUUGGUAAGUUUACAAGGAAUAUUGAUUGUUGGUUCGUGAAGAGAUUUGUUAGUUCGUUACAUUGUUGUUACAUUGUUGUUACUGUUGUCUAAUUAUCCUAUUUAUUGUACAUAAUAAAUUACAUUACAACAGGGUUUCGAAGCUCAUGUAGGUUAUUUAACAAUUUAUUUGUGAUACAACUUGUUAAAUAAUGGAAGACCUAUUAGCUUCCAUAGUCCAGUUGCAAAAGCAACGAGAAGAGCAGUAACAGGAAUUGCAGAAGCAACUAUUACAGCAACAACUAUAACAACAACAAUUUUCAAAGAAGUCCAAAAAUGAGGUUAGUUCGUUUUUGCCUGAUGGCAUUUCAAACUCGAUUAAUGAAUUCAGUUAUAACCCAGACGAGGGUAUAACUUUUGCAUUGUAUUACAUAAGCUACAAAGAGAUUUUUAAGAAAGAUUUUAAAUCAUGGUUGGAAGAACAAAAAGUGAGAUUGUUAUUGCAAAAAUUAACACCAUUAGAGCAUGAAUGUUACUGUAAUUUCAUAUUUCCCAAAAAAACCAAGGAAAUUUGUUUUAAAGAAACAAUAGAAUUACUGUCUAACAUAUUUGCUGAUAAAACUUCUCUAUUUAACACUCGACUGGAGUGUUGGAAUAUAACGCGAAAAGAGGAUGAUGAUUUUAUCCCAUACGCAGGAACAGUCAACAGGAUGUGUGAAAGUUUUAAACUCAAAGAACUUACACCUGAGAUGUUCAAGUGUCUUAUUUUCAUACACAGCCUUACAACGAGCAAAGAUAUCAAAAUUCAGGCAAGAAUUCUUUCUAAAUUGGAACAAGCGAACCAAGGUCUAACCUUACAGUCCGUGGCAGAAGAAUGCCAAAGAAUGGUAAACCUGAAACACAAAGUAGAAAAAAUUCAAGAAAAGGAUGCCUCAAAAGUAAAGAUAUGCCGACCGGAAAAGUACAACCAAAAAAGAGCGCCACGUCCUAAUCCAUGUUAUGGAUGUUGGGGAAUACGUUUCAGAAAAAUCUGUCCAUUUAAAAAUCAAAAAUGUUACCAUUGCAAAAGAAUUGGUCACAAGAGUUCACACUACAGAACAAAAUUACGAAAGUCAAGCAUUAAAAAAAUGCUCUCAGUAGAAACAAAAAUCGACUUCAAAAUAAAAAAAAUUUGUAUACGUAAAAAUAAAUGGAAUACUUAUUAAACUUCAA